GAGGGGCAGGCACGCCUCCGGCACCCUGCAGCCCCGCCCCGCCCCGCCCCCUGCCCUCAGUGCCAGGAAGCGCGGAAGGAGCCGCUUGGGGCCAUGGACGGGGCUGUGAUGGAGGGUCCGCUCUUUCUGCAGAGUCAGCGCUUCGGGACCAAGAGGUGGAGAAAAACCUGGGCUGUGCUUUACCCAGCCAGUCCCCACGGCGUAGCGAGGCUGGAGUUCUUCGAUCACAAGGGGUCGAGCUCGGGAGGCGGUCGGGGCGGCUCCCGCCGUCUGGACUGCAAGAUGAUUCGCCUGGCUGAGUGUGUGAGCGUGGUCCCCGUGUCCGUGGAGAGUCCCCCCGAGCCGGGCGCCGCUGCCUUCCGCCUGGACACCGCGCAGCGCUCGCACCUGCUGGCGGCGGACGCCCUGUCCAGCGCCGCCUGGGUGCAGACUUUAUGCAGAAACGCCUUUCCGAAAGGCGGCUGGGCAUUGGCCCAGACAGAGAACCCACCUAAGUUUUCUGCCCUGGAGAUGCUGGAGAAUUCGCUCUACAGCCCCACCUGGGAAGGAUCCCAGUUCUGGGUAACCACGCAGAAGACUGAGGCUUCGGAACGCUGCGGCUUGCAAGGCUCCUAUAUACUGAGGGUGGAGGCUGAGAAGCUGACCCUGCUGACAUUGGGGGCCCAGAGUCAGAUCCUGGAGCCGCUCCUUUUCUGGCCCUACACUCUGUUGCGACGCUAUGGCCGGGACAAGGUCAUGUUCUCUUUUGAAGCGGGUCGCCGCUGUCCCUCUGGCGCUGGAACCUUCACUUUCCAGACUGCACAGGGAAACGACAUCUUUCAGGCAGUCGAGGCUGCCAUCCAGCAGCAGAAAGCCCAAGGAAAGGUUGGACAGGGACAAGAUAUUCUCAGAACUGACUCCCACGAAGGGGAGACAGAGGGGAAGGUAGUUUCCGCUCCCACUUCCCAGGAGUCCCCAGGCAGCUGCCCAGCCCUGUACGCUGAGCCUUUAGACUCCUUGCGAAUUCCUCCAGGCCCUUCUCAGGACUCAGUGUAUUCAGACCCUUUGGGCAGCACCCCUGCUCAGACAGGGGAGGGGGUGCAUUCAAAGAAACCUCUCUACUGGGACUUGUAUGGACAUGUGCAGGAGCAGUUGCUGAAAGCCAAGCUGACAGACUCCAAAGAGGACCCCAUCUAUGACGAACCUGAAGGCCUGGCCCCAGCCCCUCCCCGGGGCCUUUAUGAUCUGCCUCAGGAGCCUAAGGAUGCAUGGUGGUGCCAGGCUCGGCUGAAGGAAGAGGGCUAUGAGCUCCCUUACAACCCUGCCACCGAUGACUAUGCCGUGCCACCUCCCCGCAGCUCCAGCUCGAAGCCUGUCCCUGCUCCCAAGCCACAGGGCUUGCUCCUUCCAGACCCUGGUGCCACAGGUGGCAGUGGCAGCAAAGGCCACGGCUCAGAUACAGCUCUUUACAGCCAGGUCCAGAAGAGUGGGACCUCAGGGGGUUGGGACUGUGGGCUCGCUAGAGUAGGCAAUGACAGGACUGGGGUCAAGUCAGAGGGCUCCACCUGAGACAGUUGCUGACAGGAAUUCCAUGGGGAGGUGGCACAAAAAUCAAAGAAACCUGUUUUAACUUAACCACAGGAACCAGAGGGUGGGAGGGGCCUAUGGUAAGAGCAGGGGACCAGAGGAGGCAAGGGAUGACCAACCCCAGUAAGUCAUAGGAAGUAGAACAGAUGACAAGGCCAAGAGGUAGGCUCUGGGGAGGCUCAGCAGUGCUGAGGAACGGCUAGCUGGCCGACUGGGCCUGUGGAGUGGGCCCACUGGUCAGAGUGGGUGUGCUUUGGGGAGCCCACUAUGGAUCCUUGCUCUUGUAUUGUUCUUUGCCAGGUGUAUUUUUUAAUUUAUAAAACAGAUCUCAUUAAAGCCAGCUUGGGUUGAAAA